GGAUCUACAUAUAAAUGCGGAUUUUGAGAAUUCGACCGCUAGUUGGGUGUUUGUUGUGGACCAUCGUUAUGGAUUUCUUCAGUUUGGCAAUAUUAGUUGCACUCACAGCAUUAGCAAACGCAAAAUCGUUAAUUAGACCACGAAGAGAUGAUGAUGGGCGUUACCAUCCUGAUAGCAGCGGCUCGUAUCGCGUAGACAACAGCGGCAGCUACUAUAAUGAUAACAGUGGCCAAUAUCGGCCGGACGGCGCCGGAGGUUACCAACCGGAUGACUCUGGACGGUACGUUCAUGUUCCUAAUCCAUACGAGCAUAUUAUCGGACCUCAAGGAGGAGUGGGUGGAAACGGAGGCGUAGGAGGCACUGGGGGAGGAGGAGGUCUUGGACCUGGAGGGCCUGGAGGACCUGGAGGACCUGGAGGCCCGGGUGGACCAGGAGGCCCAGGGGGACCAGGAGGCCCAGGGGGACCAGAAGGUUUUCUGCAGCCUCCAGGACCUCCAGGACCUCCAGGACCUCCAGGACCUCCAGGACCGUUCGGACCACCAGGACCUCCCGGACCGCCUGGCCCUCUAGGAGGCUUUGGGCCGAACCCAUUUGGAUCCGUACCAGAGCAUCCACCUAGUUUAAAUCUUAAUUAUUUGCCGGUUAAAAAAUAACAUGUAAACUAGAGCUUCGGAAGUGUAAAAGGGCUACGAAGCAACGGCUGGAUUCAGAGUCAUUCAUGCCUUUUUCUAAGACGGCUCAUGCGAAAACUAAAAACUGAAACAAGGUGAAACUUGCAAUAACAGCAUUGUAGCAUUGUAAAAAACAUUUAUAACAAAAAUACAUAUGAAAUAUUACAUAA